AUGAGCCUUCAAAAGGAGGGAGGAUGGGAAUUACGAGGGCUCCACUGUUACAAAUUUUUUAAUAUCAGGCAUUCGUGGGAAAAGGCAGCUGAACUCUGUAGAAGAUAUGGUAGUGAUUUAAUGAUAAUUGAAAACUACAGUGAAAAUAAUUCAACAGCGAACAUAACGGCUGCAACAUUACCCUUAGAACGAAAGGAUGUUACCCAAUACUGGUUAGGUUUAGCAUCUUUAGAUGAUCUAAGAACCAAUACACUUGAAUCGGCUGCUGGAACUUUAGUAUCACAAUAUUCAGGAUUUUGGUCUAUAAACCACCCAAACCCAACGAAAGGAGAAUGUGUUGACGUCGUUUUAACAGAAGAAACUCAAUCAUGGGAAUUAACUACUUGUGAAAGUUUACUACCAUUUAUGUGUCGUUCAAAAGCUUGUCCCAUUGGAUCUUUUCAUUGUUCUAAUGGAAAAUGUAUUAAUGAAAAAUUUAAAUGUGAUAAACAGGAUGACUGUGGCGAUGGUUCAGAUGAAUUAGAUUGUCCGUCAAAUUGUAAUUUCUACCUGGCCAGUAGCGGUGAUGUAGUAGAGAGUCCUUAUUAUCCUCAUAAAUAUGCUCCUCUCACAAACUGUAAAUGGACCCUCGAGGGGCCCCAAGGACAUAAUAUUUUACUGCAGUUUCAAGAAUUUGAAACAGAAAAAACUUAUGAUACAGUGCAAAUUUUAGUAGGAGGUAGAACUGAGGAUGCAUCUGUUAACCUUGCUACAAUUUCAGGUAGACAAGAUUUAACCAACAAAUCUUUCAUAUCUGCCUCAAAUUUUAUGAUAAUUAAAUUCAGCACAGAUGGAUCUGUCGAAAGGAAAGGUUUUCGUGCUUCUUGGAAAACGGAACCACAAACUUGUGGAGGUAUACUUAGAGCUACACCACAAGGGCAAGUACUGGUAUCUUCUGGAUAUCCCGAACAGUAUCCAGGUGGUCUCGAAUGUUUAUAUAUUAUAAAAGCACAAAGCGGAAGAAUUAUAACCUUGGAUAUUGAUGACUUAGACCUUGAAAAUAAUCGAGAUUUUAUUCUCGCAAGAGACGGGGAUUCUCCUAACAGUAAUCCAAUAGCUAGACUUACUGGAACCAUAGACAAUAAUCAAAAAGUAAUAAUAUCAACGAAGAGUCAAUUAUAUUUAUAUUUUAAAACCAGUUUAGGUGAUUCAAGAAGAGGUUUUCGAAUUAGAUAUACCCAAGGUUGUAAAGCAACUAUUAUAGCCCGCAAUGGAACUUUAGUAUCACCUGCGUUUGGAUUAAGUAAUUAUCCAAAUAAUCAAGAAUGUCUAUUUAAACUGAAGAAUCCUGGAGGUGGACCGUUGUCUCUGAAUUUCAAUAUUUUUGAAGUACAUAAAUCAGAUAUAUUACAAGUAUACGAUGGUUCCACUACACGUGGAUUAAGACUUCAUUCUGGAAACGGAUUUACAGCAGAGUCUAAACCUAAAAUUACUCUAACAGCUUCUAGUGGUGAAAUGUUGGUCAGAUUUAUUACCGAUGCACUCCAUAACAAUAAAGGUUGGGAGGCAAUAUUUUCUGCCGUGGAACAAGCACUCGACAUGAUCCAGAGGAAAUACCAUGUCAGAGAGGAUCUAAUGGAAUUGCCGAAACACUGCCUACAGAACACUUAUUUUGUCUACAAUAACCAAAAGUAUAGGCAAACAGAAGGAGCACACAUAGGAUCGCCUUUGUCACCAAUCAUAGCCAACCUAUUCAUUAAGGAAUUAGAAGAACAGGCAAUAGAAACAGCAGAAUAUAAACCAUCUAUGUGGGUGGCUAAGAUAUGUUGA